AUGGCCUCCGACCCAAGGAUCACAAACUACAUCGCUGCCGGCGCUUGGGCUCUUAUCGAGCCCCAGUUCUCCGCACAGGGCAAGCAGGUCCUUUCCACACUCAUCACCUUCCUUGAGGAUGACUGCAUGCCUGCCGAGGCCCUCUUUCACCAGCAGCUCCCCGAGUCGGGUCCCGAGCGUUGGGCCGGUAUCCCACCAGUUCUUGAGACCCUCAAGGCCAAGGCCAAGACCCUCGGUCUUUGGAACCUCUGGCUCUCCGGUGGCGAGUUCCAGCACCUUGCCGGUGGCAAGGGCGGCGGCCUCAGCAACCUCGAGUAUGCCAUCCUCGCCGAGGUUUCUGCCCACUGCACCCUCUGCCCCGAGGCAAUGAACUGUUCCGCUCCCGACACUGGUAACAUGGAGGUCGUCGCCCGCUUCGGCUCGCCUGCCCAGAAGGCAAAGUACCUCCAGCCUCUCCUUGAUGGCAAGAUCCGCUCGGCCUUCUCGAUGACCGAGUACGGCAUUUCGUCGUCGGACGCUUCGAACCUCAAGAACACCACUGCUCGCAUCGAGGGCAACAAGGUCAUCGUCAACGGCCACAAGUGGUGGAUCUCGGGUGCCGGUGACCCCCGUUGCUCGCUCCAUGUUCUCGUUGCCAUGACCGACCCCAACAACGAGUCCAAGCACAAGCGUCACACCAUCUUCUUUGUCGACCCCAAGUUGCCCGGUGUCGAGAUCGUUCGUCCCAUGAAGGUCUUUGGUUACGACGACGCUCCCGAGGGCCACUGCGAGGUUAUCUACAAGGACGUCGUUCUUAGCCUCGACGACGUCGCAGGUGGCCCCGCCAACAUCGGCCGCGGCUUUGAGAUGCUCCAGGCUCGUCUCGGCCCUGGUCGUCUCCACCACUGCAUGCGCGCCAUCGGUGUGGCCAACCGUGCUCUCGACCUCAUGCUCCUCCGCAUCACCAACCCUAUCCGCAAGACCUUUGGCAAGCAGCUCAAGGACCACGGCAGUGUUAUUGCCGACGUCGCCAAGUCGCGUGCUGAGAUUGACAUGGGCCGCAUGAUCGUCCUUACCGCCGCCAAGCAGAUUGACCUGCACAAGGCCAAGGGUGCGCUCAAGGAGAUUGGUAUCGCCAAGUUCUCUGUCCCCGCCCUCGUUUCCGGUAUCAUCGACCGUGCUAUUCAGGUCCACGGUGCGGAGGGUAUCUCCCAGGACACCCCCCUUGCCAAGAUGUGGGCUGGUAACCGCACCCUCCGCUUCGCGGACGGCCCUGAUGAGGUGCACAUGGCCCAGGUCGGCAAGGUCGAGAUCCGCGACCGUCUCCCGUACAUUCAGGACCGCCAGCUGCGCGUUCGCCGAGCCGAGGCCAAGCUUGGUGUGCGUCACCACAAGCUCUAA